AUGGCGGGCAGAGGCGGGUCAGCCGUGAUGCUCAACGUCUACGACCUGUCGGACCAGAACUACGUGCUGUACUGGAUGGGCUUUGGCGUGUUCCACACGGGCGUGCAGGUGCACGGGGUGGAGUACGCCUACGGCGGCCACGACUACGACGCCUCGGGCAUCUUCGCCACGGAGCCGCGCAAGCCGCCCGGUCCAGUCGAAUUCAGGCAGUCGAUACCAAUGGGGGAGACGAGGCUGGGGCCGGACGAGGUCCGGCGUGUGGUGUCCAGGAUGGGCCAGCGCUUCAGGGGUAACCACUACCAUCUGCUGCAGAUGAACUGCAAUCACUUCGCCAGCGACCUGUGCAAGGAGCUCGUGGGAAGGAAGGCACCAUCGUGGGUCAACAGGCUUGCGGGACUGGCAGUUGUGUGCCAUUGCCUGCUCCCUGGGACAUGGGUGCCUCCUCUGAGCACUCCCUCCAAAAUGCCUGAAGAGGAAGAAAUCAGACAAGGCAAUGGCCUCAGGAGCAAGAACUCUGCGCAGCGACUGCUGUCUGACAACAGGGUGAUGUCCGACGCGUACCCAGUGGGAGACAGCGGCAGCUUGUGCGACAGCAACCUCGACAUUGAGAUCGAUAGCGACAGGGAGCAAGGUGGGGCUGGCCGGGACCAGGGCACACCUGCUGCUCUGCAUUUUGCAGAAAAGUGA